CAGCUCCCCAAACAGCUGUACCUCCCAGCAGACCAGAAGUCAGCCCUCGCCCCCAACAGCCACGUCAAAUACGUCUGGAAGAUGCUCCAGUCCCUGGGUCGACCAGAGGUGCACAUGGCCCUGGAGGUGGUGAUGGUGUCUGGGUCGGGUCAGGAGCAUGCUGGGUGUCUGGAGGUGGUGAUGGUGUCUGGGUCGGGUCAGGAGCAUGCUGGGUGUCUGGAGGUGGUGAUGGUGUCUGGGUCGGGUCAGGAGCAUGCUGGGUGUCUGGAGGUGGUGAUGGUGUCUGGGUCGGGUCAGGAGCAUGCUGGGUGUCUGGAGGUGGUGAUGGUGUCUGGGUCGGGUCAGGAGCAUGCUGGGUGUCUGGAGGUGGUGAUGGUGUCUGGGUCGGGUCAGGAGCAUGCUGGGUGUCUGGAGGUGGUGAUGGUGUCUGGGUCGGGUCAGGAGCAUGCUGGGUGUCUGGAGGUGGUGAUGGUGUCUGGGUCGGGUCAGGAGCAUGCUGGGUGUAUGGAGGUGGUGAUGGUGUCUGGGUCGGGUCAGGAGCAUGCUGGGUGUCUGGAGGUGGUGAUGGUGUCUGGGUCGGGUCAGGAGCAUGCUGGGUGUCUGGAGGUGGUGAUGGUGUCUGGGUCGGGUCAGGAGCAUGCUGGGUGUCUGGAGGUGGUGAUGGUGUCUGGGUCGGGUCAGGAGCAUGCUGGGUGUCUGGAGGUGGUGAUGGUGUCUGGGUCGGGUCAGGAGCAUGCUGGGUGUCUGGAGGUGGUGAUGGUGUCUGGGUCGGGUCAGGAGCAUGCUGGGUGUCUGGAGGUGGUGAUGGUGUCUGGGUCGGGUCAGGAGCAUGGUGGGUGUCUGGAGGUGGUGAUGGUGUCUGGGUCGGGUCAGGAGCAUGCUGGGUGUCUGGAGGUGGUGAUGGUGUCUGGGUCGGGUCAGGAGCAUGCUGGGUGUCUGGAGGUGGUGAUGGUGUCUGGGUCGGGUCAGGAGCAUGCUGGGUGUCUGGAGGUGGUGAUGGUGUCUGGGUCGGGUCAGGAGCAUGCUGGGUGUCUGGAGGUGGUGAUGGUGUCUGGGUCGGGUCAGGAGCAUGCUGGGUGUAUGGAGGUGGUGAUGGUGUCUGGGUCGGGUCAGGAGCAUGCUGGGUGUCUGGAGGUGGUGAUGGUGUCUGGGUCGGGUCAGGAGCAUGCUGGGUGUCUGGAGGUGGUGAUGGUGUCUGGGUCGGGUCAGGAGCAUGCUGGGUGUCUGGAGGUGGUGAUGGUGUCUGGGUCGGGUCAGGAGCAUGCUGGGUGUCUGGAGGUGGUGAUGGUGUCUGGGUCGGGUCAGGAGCAUGCUGGGUGUCUGGAGGUGGUGAUGGUGUCUGGGUCGGGUCAGGAGCAUGCUGGGUGUCUGGAGGUGGUGAUGGUGUCUGGGUCGGGUCAGGAGCAUGCUGGGUGUCUGGAGGUGGUGAGGGUGUCUGGGUCGGGUCAGGAGCAUGCUGGGUGUCUGGAGGUGGUGAUGGUGUCUGGGUCGGGUCAGGAGCAUGCUGGGUGUCUGGAGGUGGUGAUGGUGUCUGGGUCGGGUCAGGAGCAUGCUGGGUGUCUGGAGGUGGUGAUGGUGUCUGGGUCGGGUCAGGAGCAUGCUGGGUGUCUGGAGGUGGUGAUGGUGUCUGGGUCGGGUCAGGAGCAUGCUGGGUGUCUGGAGGUGGUGAUGGUGUCUGGGUCGGGUCAGGAGCAUGCUGGGUGUCUGGAGGUGGUGAUGGUGUCUGGGUCGGGUCAGGAGCAUGCUGGGUGUCUGGAGGUGGUGAUGGUGUCUGGGUCGGGUCAGGAGCAUGCUGGGUGUAUGGAGGUGGUGAUGGUGUCUGGGUCGGGUCAGGAGCAUGCUGGGUGUCUGGAGGUGGUGAUGGUGUCUGGGUCGGGUCAGGAGCAUGCUGGGUGUCUGGAGGUGGUGAUGGUGUCUGGGUCGGGUCAGGAGCAUGCUGGGUGUCUGGAGGUGGUGAUGGUGUCUGGGUCGGGUCAGGAGCAUGCUGGGUGUCUGGAGGUGGUGAUGGUGUCUGGGUCGGGUCAGGAGCAUGCUGGGUGUCUGGAGGUGGUGAUGGUGUCUGGGUCGGGUCAGGAGCAUGCUGGGUGUCUGGAGGUGGUGAUGGUGUCUGGGUCGGGUCAGGAGCAUGCUGGGUGUCUGGAGGUGGUGAUGGUGUCUGGGUCGGGUCAGGAGCAUGCUGGGUGUCUGGAGGUGGUGAUGGUGUCUGGGUCGGGUCAGGAGCAUGCUGGGUGUCUGGAGGUGGUGAUGGUGUCUGGGUCGGGUCAGGAGCAUGCUGGGUGUCUGGAGGUGGUGAUGGUGUCUGGGUCGGGUCAGGAGCAUGCUGGGUGUAUGGAGGUGGUGAUGGUGUCUGGGUCGGGUCAGGAGCAUGCUGGGUGUCUGGAGGUGGUGAUGGUGUCUGGGUCGGGUCAGGAGCAUGCUGGGUGUCUGGAGGUGGUGAUGGUGUCUGGGUCGGGUCAGGAGCAUGCUGGGUGUCUGGAGGUGGUGAUGGUGUCUGGGUCGGGUCAGGAGCAUGCUGGGUGUCUGGAGGUGGUGAUGGUGUCUGGGUCGGGUCAGGAGCAUGCUGGGUGUCUGGAGGUGGUGAUGGUGUCUGGGUCGGGUCAGGAGCAUGCUGGGUGUCUGGAGGUGGUGAUGGUGUCUGGGUCGGGUCAGGAGCAUGCUGGGUGUCUGGAGGUGGUGAUGGUGUCUGGGUCGGGUCAGGAGCAUGCUGGGUGUAUGGAGGUGGUGAUGGUGUCUGGGUCGGGUCAGGAGCAUGCUGGGUGUCUGCUGCUGACAGGGGAGGUGUUGGUUUGUGGUCAGUCUGUCUGAGGACACGCAACAGCAGGCCUUCCCCAUCACUGAGGUGGCCUGUCAACAAGACCCCCACCACCUGGGGGCGCU